UAUUAGAUAAUUUGAUUGUUGUUUUAUGUUAUAUGUCUAGUUGAAAGUAAAAAAACUUAGGUUGGGGAAAGUUUUUUCUUACAUGUGUAUAAUGUUUUUCUCUCAAAUAAGCAUACAUUUUGAAGUAAUGCAGACUGAAUUUGAAUGCCAUCGCCACUAUAUAAGUCUCUGAGUGACCUUGAGCAAGUUACUUAACUACUAUGAAACUGUCACCUUAACUGGAAAAGAGAAAAAUAAUAGAAAUAACUACCACAUUUGGUUUCUAUGAUUAGGACGUAAGAUAAUGGAUGCAAAGUUCUUAUAUAAAAAAUGUGUUCUACAAAUAUGAGUGUUAUUUCCUGGUGCACACAUUUAAAAAAAUCGCCAAGUAGCGUUAUGUCUUUGUUGAGUAUACAACUCAAGUAAUCUCCUUCAAAGUGAGCAGGGAAUCUAUUGUUAGAAAACCCUGGCAGGAGCAAACUAGAGUUUAUAUUUUACUUGGAAUCAGAGUUCUGUUUUAGAAAAGUGUGGUGUCAUUUUUUUUUCUUUUAAAUGAUAUGCAAUUCACAUGUUAGUUUAUUUGUAUAUGCCUACUUAUUAGGCAUAUACAAGAUCGAUAGUCUUGUGGAUCUUAUUAUUAUUGCCCAAGGGGCUAAUAUUCACUUUUCAAAACUUAUUACUCAUCUAGUUCAGCAGCUCAAGAUUUUGAAGCAAAUCUGUUUUACAUGCAUGUCUUUACCUUCAAUCCCAUUUAAAAAAAAUAGUAAAUUAGAUGGUUAACCUUUUAGAUUUGCAUCCUCUUUAAAAUAAAGCUUUACAGCAAAUGCAUUUUUCCUACAAAUGUCUUCGAAAAUGAGAUUGAAGAGGAUGUAUCAUCUAAAUUUUUCUGUAAAGAGCUUGCCCCCGAAAUAAUUGGAACAUGAACUGAAACCUCUAGACAGGAAUUCCUGGACACAGCUGUCCAUUAUCUUUUGGGACUUUGGUGCACCUCACCCUUUACUGAACACAACUUUGUGUCAAACACUGGGCUAGGAGUGCUAGGUGUCAUGUUUGAGGCAACAGUUGAAUUUUUCUUAGGACUUAGUAGAACCAGUUCUUUUUUUAAUAUGCAUAGUCAGAUUUUGAUGAUAUUCAGUCUGCUCAUAUCUAUAAUAGUGAUAUUAACGUCUAUUUUUACUAGGAUGGCUCUUGUGAAGGUUAAAUUAAAUACUGUAUGAAGAAGUGCUUUAUACACAGUUAUAUAACCAGGAUAAUAUCCAGAUGGAAUUCUCAUUCUCUCUCUCUCUCUCUCUCUCUCUCUCACUCACUCACACACACACACACACACACACACACACACAUGCAAUAUCAUCUUAUAAAUAUCCUAGAAUUGAAUACCUCAGUAGCAGAGAUAGUAGUUCUGUUUCUCAGAAUUGCUUUUGCAAAAUGGUGUUUUGGAUUAUAAUUGUGCUAUUUAAUUUUUCUAAUUAAAUUUUCUAAAUAGAGCCUAUUAAAUAUUGGAUGUUUAUGAUAGAACAUUUGAAAAUAUAGAAAACCAAAUGACCUACAAAACCUCUACCUUCCAGUACCAUCAUUCCGAGCUGAUUACUGUUAACAUUUUAAUGGUUUUUGUCCGCUAGGUCUCCUUGAUGAGUUUCACCUGAGGAAAAGGACUUCUUCAGGUGUGUGAACUUGAGCCACCAGGUCCAACCCCAUUAGCAGGUGCUGGUACAGACGACUGAAAUCAGAGGAAGAUCAGAAAUCUUCAAAACCCAGAGCAGCAGAUGUCUUAACGGUCCCGAAACGUUCUUUGGUUCUUUGCAGUCAACAUUCACGGGUUAAGAAGCUUGCAAUGCCAUGACGGGCUGAGGUUGCAUUUCUGGACGCUGCUUACUCCCGCUUCCUUCCAUCUGUUUCAGGCAAAUCAUUAUGCAGUUCUAAUUAGAACAAUCUUCUAAACACUCUCUCCAGAGCGAAGUUCUUCCAAACACGGUUUAAGCAGGCGAGAUACACCUGCCUAGGACCCUAGGCGUCUGGAAGUCUCUCCCAGUGAAUUGGGUCUCAUUUCCUGCCGAGUACGCAAGUUCAAUUAUUGGCAGAUUAGGUUUCUACUCUCCGUGCCCCGCCCCGCGCCAUCCCGGGGAGCAGCGGGAAUAAAUGAUCCGCCCCUGGCCAGUGCUCACCCGACUGGCCAGAGCGCAGCCCGGCGACCGAAGCGCACGGGGCGAUCGCGAGGCGCCCCCUCCCUCUCCCCGCGCCGCCUCCAGCGCGAGCGGCGGCGCCGAACAAUCCCCGGCAGGGCUCGCCUCGCCGGUGACAUCACUCCUGAAGAUACUCCUCGCUCCCAGCGCCUGCCUUCCCCAGGCGUCCGUCCGUGUGCCCGUCUCCGCCUUUCCGCCUCCGAAGAGCGCUCAUCACUGGCUGGGGACAGAGCCGGGCACCAAGGAGCGACAGGAUCCCGAAGAGAGAGAGAGAAGGCAGCGAGGGAAGGAGGACCCCGGCAGGCAGCAGCAUGAAAUUCAGCCCAGCGCACUACCUGCUGCCUCUCCUGCCCGCGCUGGUCCUCAGCACCAGGACUAUGAAGAGCUAGAAAAGCAGCUGAAAGAAGUCUUUAAGGAGCGAAGCACCAUUCUUCGUCAGCUGACAAAGACAUCAAGAGAACUUGAUGGAAUUAAAGUCAAUCUUCAGUCCUUAAAAAACGAUGAGCAGUCUGCCAAAACUGAUGUUCAGAAACUUCUGGAAUUAGGACAGAAACAAAGAGAAGAAAUGAAGUCUCUUCAGGAGGCCCUGCAAAAUCAGCUUAAGGAGACAUCAGAGAAAGCAGAAAAACACCAGGCUACUAUUAAUUUUUUAAAGACUGAAGUUGAAAGAAAGAGCAAAAUGAUCCGAGACCUCCAGAAUGAGAAUAAAAGCUUGAAAAACAAACUCUUGUCAGGAAACAAGCUCUGUGGCAUUCACGCAGAAGAGUCAAAAAAAAUCCAAGCCCAGCUGAAGGAGCUUCGUUAUGGGAAGAAGGAUUUAUUAUUUAAGGCGCAGCAGCUUACUGAUCUGGAACAAAAAUUAGCUGUAGCCAAAAAUGAACUAGAGAAAGCAGCUCUUGACAGGGAGUCACAGAUGAAAGCAAUGAAAGAGACUGUGCAGCUCUGCUUGACAUCUGUUUUCCGUGAUCAGCCUCCUCCCCCUUUGAGUUUAAUCACGUCAAAUCCAACUCGGAUGUUACUCCCACCCAGGAAUAUUGUCUCUAAGCUUCCAGAUGCAGCGGCCAAAAGCAAGCCUCAACAAAGUGCUUCUGGAAACAAUGAGAGCUCUCAAGUUGAGUCAACAAAGGAAGGAAAUCCAAGUACCACUGCCUGUGACUCUCAAGAUGAGGGCAGAACGUGUUCAAUGAAGCACAAAGAAGGUCCCCCAAGUAAUGCCACUGCAGAAACCGAGCCUAUCACACAGAAAUUGCAGAUGCCUCCUUGCUCUGAAUGUGAGGUGAAAAAAGCCCCAGAAAAACCAUUGACCAGCUUUGAAGGGAUGGCAGCUAGAGAAGAAAAAAUACUGUAAAUACUAAGAAACUGUGUUAAAAACGUCCAUUUGCUAUUGUCUUCAUAUUCUUUUUAGACCACAAGCUUGAUGGAAAUACUGUUUCUAAAGCAUGCAGCUUUUUCACAAUUUUAUGUAACUUUAUAAAGUAGCCUACACAUUUUCAAAGAUUCCAGACCAAUUAUGAUCCUUAAGCAAUAACCUCAUUGUAUUGAAUAUCCACAGUCAGAAAUAUUUUGUUGUCAACAGUAAAUUGCCCCAUGUAAAUUGGUCUGGUUUAACUCAAAUGCUAUCUAACAUGUAAUUCUCCCGGUUCAUUUGGAUAUCUAGUACUUCUAUGAUAGAGUUGUCAAAAUCAACUGGAGGAUAAUAAAAUAUUGUGGGUUCUCAGCAUUCUUAGAAUCCAAAUUACAACCAUAUCAGUAAGGGUUUUGUCCACAUGAGCCAACUGAAGUCGUUUUGCUCAAGGUUGGAAUUUGUGCCAACCUAAAUACAUUGUUUCUUUGAUGGUGUUUAUUGCUAUUGGUAUUAUUUUCAACUAAUAACAAUUAUUUUGUCUAAAUAAUGCUAAGACAAUUCUGUCAAGAAUUUUGUCAACUAACAUAAUUCAUUAAGUAUGUUUGGCAUCAUAUGGACAAAAUAUUUGGAUGGAUGACUAAAUUUCUGACACAAUUAAAUAUUUUGGCAUUCUAUAGACACAUCUCCUAUGUAUGUCUACUGGAAUUAAUCCAAGUUAAUAACCAAGUUUUCUGAAAUACUUGGCAGGAUUUUUGGUAUGAAGUUGGGUAGUGGAAUAGGGAAUGAAGAGUGAGUUCUAAAAUACAAAUAUGAAAGCAGGUAAUAUAUAUUACAACACAGGGGUCUGAUGAAAGUACAAUAGCCAUGUUGAUUCAAUAAACCCAGAUGCAUAUUUUUUGAAAACCAAUGUGUUAUUCAAACAAAUCAAUGGCAGUGUUAAUCCAUAAGAGUUCUGAUUUUCUAUAGGAAUAUCACUAAUCAAAUAAAUGCACUCAUGAAUAAUUGGAACAUAGCUCACAAGCAAGAGGAAUUGACCCUUGAAUAAUUAUCUGAUUAAUAGGUUUCAUAGGGCAUUCAAAGUUGCAGACUCAGUUAAUGACUACAGUUAAGUUGUCUGGACUGAAAAGUCAUUUCUUUUGUUUAGAACCUUUUUGCAACCGUAGAAAGCAUAUUAAACCAUUGGUUUUGCAGGAUGGAUCUGUCAAACCACAAUAUAUACAUUUGGAUCAGUGUAUCCUAGGAGAUAGUCAAUAAAAAUAUAUUAAAGGAAAUCUAUAAUCAAUAAAUGAACUUAGAUUCUGAGAUUUAAUGAUAUAUCUCUGAUCAAAAUGGCAUAUUUAAAGAAAUUUAAAGAUUUGGAGAAUUGGAAAAUAUCAUUAGCUGUAAGAGUAAUAUUAUGACAUAUUUAUGUAGCACUUCUAUUUUCAGAAUAGUUCAGUGUUAUUCAUUAGCACAGGCAGGUCCCAACCACAAUGGUUCAACUUAAUGGUUUUUUGAUGAUUCUGUGAAAGCUUCAUAAUUUCUACAUGCUUUGAAUUUUGAAUUUUGUUAUUUUUUGGAGGGCUAGUGAUACAUGGUCCAUGAAAUAUUCAACACUUUAUUAUAAAAUAGGGUUCGUGUUAGACAAUUUGCCCAACUGUAGGGUGAGGUAUAUGUUCUGAGCACGUUUAAGCAGGUUUAAGUUAGGGUGGGCUAUGAUUUUCCAUUUAGGUAUCUUAAAUGCAUUUUAGACUUAGAAUGUUUUCAAACUUUGAUUUCUUUAUCUGUAUGUAAUCCUAUUGUAAGUCAAGGAGCAUUCAUAUUUUUCAUAAAACCGGCUACCCAAGGAAAAAAAUAAUUAGCUUUAUGGAUGAUCCAUAGAGCUUUCAGAUGAAGUGACUAAGAUAAAAUAAAAGAUCAAGGUCUGAGGUUUCUUCUGACUCCUUCAUAUUUCUAAAAAUAAUCAUACAAACUAGAAUACUGCUAGUCUCCCAAGUCCUGUUCCUUGUAAUUCUCCCACUGUUCUCAGUGGCCCUAACCAUCUCUAUAGGUUCCUGACAGGGAAGCAGAUCAUUUAGUUUUAAUUUAUGUUCAGUCACCCACCUCCACCCUGGGGCCCAACUUCCCUUGCAGGCCUUGUGGGUCCUAUGGAAAGUUAUUCACCAUGUAAUCUAGCACAGCAUGUUUUGAAGCAUCUUUGGAAUGAAAAAAAAGAAGAAUCAGGCUGUUAUUUUCUGAAAUUGUUAUGAGAGAUAACAUGUUGAAAGGUAAGAACUCAGGUUUAUAUUAAUCAUGUUUUUAUCAAUCUUCAUUUUAAAGUUGUUUAUGUUCUGUAUAUUCUAAAUUCCUUUUAUUAAUUCCUGGCUUGGUCAAGUGGGCUUUGGAUCCAUAUGAUUUUUUUUUUUGAGAUGAAAUCUCACUCUUGUUGCCCAGGCUGGAGUGCAAUGGAGCGAUCUUGGCUCACUGCAACUCUGCUUCCCAGGUUCAAGUGAUUCUCCUGCCUCCGCCUCCCAAGUAGCUGGGAUUACAGGUACCUGCCACCAUGCCCGGCUAAUUUUUAUAUUUUUAAUAGAGACGGGGUUUCACCAUGUUGGCCAGGCUGGUCUCGAACUCCUGACCUCAGGCGAUCCACCUGCCUCAGCCUCCUCCCAAAAUGCUGGGAUUACAGGUGUGAGCCACCGUGCCUGGCCAAUGUAUUUUUUUCCUUUAAAUAUAUAUGGCAUUAUACAUCUAGCAAAGUUUACUGUGUUAUAUUCAUUGCAUCUUUGUUUAAAAAAAAUAAUAAACUUGUGGCGGGAGACAUUUAAAAAUAUAUUUAAUAACUAAGUUAGAGACUCUCUUUCAGUAAGUUCUAUGACUGUACCUUAAUGAAUGCAUUUUAUUUAUCUCAAUUUUUAUUUGCUUUAAAAUAGAAUCAGAUAAGUUUAAAAUGUUCCUUUUACAUUUGUGAAUUUGUCUACGAGACAGGGGCCAUUUCUCACAUAUUUUAAUUAACAACUAAAUAAACAGACGUUGUUUUAAAGGAAUUAACACUUAAAUCCCAACCACCCUCAUAUAGAAUAAAAUAUCAACCUAAAUGUUGACUAUAGAUAGGAUAAUUCUAUUAUGUACCUGUAAGGAUAAGCAGUGAAAGAUUAUUUACAUUUUGGAAAACAUGGAAUUGAUUCUUAUUAAGAAAAAAGAUAUUUUCCAAUGGAGUAACUUGUUUUAAUAGAGGUACAACCAGAACCAACAAUUGUAUUUCUCUAUAGUUAUUUUAAAAUAGCAAUCAAUGCUAUGUAUUUGAUGUAUAUGUUUCUAAAUUAGAAAUUUCUUUUGGCUUUGUGUUUUUUUAAUGUGCGUUAAAUAUGUAAACUGAACCCGUUCCUAAAAUGCAUUAAACUUACAUGCAUUUUACAUGGCAUCUAUCCAAUGCCAAAAUGCUCAGAAGAAAAGUGAAUAAUUCAGUCAUUCAUCUGGAUGCGGUUUUCUGUGUAAUCUCAAAUAUCUGAAUAUUGAAAAAACUAGGUUGCUUUUUUUCAUUCCUUAUGCAAAUGUUUAGCAUCAUAGUGCUGUUUCAGAUACAGAUCUGUUUCAUCAAAUAUCCUCAAUUACAAGUCUAAGACAGUUAUAUGUAAAGAAAAUGUACUAUUUUAGAUGAACAAUGUGGAUAACUGAACUAAAACGAUAUUUGUGAACUUUGCUAUAAUGAAAUCUUUUAUUUUUAUAGCUCAGGUAUUGUAAUUAGCACUAAUUGCAGCAGAGACUGAAAUAAUUAUUGACACCGUAGAGUACCAUAGAGUAGGUUGAACUGGCCAUACCUAGACAGUGAAGAAAACACAUACUGUUUACUUAAGAGACAUUUUCUUAGUCGUGUGUAUAGUCCUAAAUUUCCCCAAACUAUGUGUUCAUUUGGAUUGUGUUAUAUAAUAACAGUCGAAUGAUGAAGAAUAAAAGAUGCUGAAAGAUG